AACUACGGCAAAUAUUUUAAAUAUUUUCGUCACAAAGAGGCAUGGGGAAGAAAAUAAAAACAGGGAAAGCGAGGAAGGAUAAGUUUUAUUUUCUUGCAAAGGAAACUGGAUUCCGAUCUAGAGCAGCGUUUAAGUUGAUCCAGUUAAAUCGUCGCUUCAAGUUUCUAAAUUCCUCCAAAGUUCUAAUAGACUUAUGCGCUGCUCCUGGAGGCUGGUUGCAAGUUGCAGCCAAGGAAAUGCCAAUGACUAGCCAUAUUUUAGGGGUAGACUUGGUGCCUAUUCACCCUAUUCCAAAAGUUAAGACGUUUGUUGCCGAUAUAACGACUGAUAAAUGCAAACAGAUUCUGCGAAACGAGUUAAACGAUUUGAAGGCUGAUGUUGUGCUACACGAUGGUGCUCCGAAUGUGGGGGCUGCCUGGUCAAUCGAUGAAUAUGGCCAAGGUUAGUUCUUGUUAUAAAAUAUCCUCGUUAGCCGUACUUUCGCUCAAUUCAUUUGCGAUUGCAACUGAGUUCUUACGCAGAGGUGGCUGGUUUGUCACUAAGGUUUUUAGGAGUCGAGAUUAUGAACCGCUUAAGUGGGUUCUAUCUCAAUUUUUCCGUACUGUACGUGCUAUUAAACCUGAAGCCUCUCGACUCGAAUCUGCAGAAAUCUUUCUUGUUGGACAGAAUUAUAUCGCUCCUGCACGUAUUGAUCCCAAGUUCUUGGAUGCACGACAUGUGUUUGGGGAAGUUGAUGCACCAAAAGACCGCGCUGCGUUGGUUUCCUCUUUUUUAAAGGAAAGCCGCAAAAAGAAGGCUGAAGGUUAUGAUGAGGGAGAUACAUUGUAUCAUGAGCUUCCACUAUCUAAAUUUUUGGAGUCAAGUGAUCCUCUGGAGGCUCUUGCGAAGGCCAACAAGGUUAUUUUUGAUGUUCCGGAAAUUGCAUGCCACCCAUUAACUACCGCUUUAAUCAAGGAAGACUUUAAUGAUAUUCAAGUCCUUGGAAAAAGCGAUAUUAAAAAUCUUCUCAAAUGGAGGAUGAAAAUUCUCAAUGUCUUUAAAGCUGGAUCAAAAGAGUCCAAAGACAGUAAUGAAGAAUCUACUCUUCCUAAAAGAGGUACUGAUGAGGAUGAAGACGAUUUGGAAGUCGAGACACAAGUUCAAAGGUUGUUGGACGAGGAAGAAAAACUGAAGAAAAAAAAAAUAAAAAAGGUUAGAAAAGAGAAACGAAAACUUGCAGAGCGCUAUGUACUAAAAAUGUCACACGAAUCUGACUAUAUUGAACAAAAUGAUGACGAGUUGUUUUCCUUAGCUGCUGUAAAGGAUUUAGUUGGUUUAGAAGAGUCUAACAAAUUGUCAGGGGACACCAGUAACACUGGUGCAGAUGAUUUAGCACGUGAACAAAUCGAUGCUGCUUUGAAAGCCAAACGUAAACGUCUAGCUGAUGAAAGGUGUUCAGCAGUAGAAGGGAAAAAACGUGUUCAUUUUGAGAGGCGUUCUGGCAAUCAAUCUGAUGAACAUUUGUCUGACAGUGAACUGUUUGGUGAAAUUUAUGCCCAUAACCAACGUGAUGAUUUAUAUCUGAGUUCUGAAGAAAGCAGUGACGGUGAGUCGGGUAAAGAAAAUGGUGAAGAUCGAAAUUCAACCUUAAGUUCAGAAGAAGAAUCUUCAGAAAUCGAUGGGGAUUCAAAUAGUAUCAGUUUGUCGAAUUUGCCUUCUUUAAAAUCCCAUUCGAAUAACAGGAUAGUUAAAUCCAAACGACAAAUGAUCCUACCGCCUGGAUUAGUUUUAUCUACUUCUGAACAAGGUAAAAGGAACCCUUUGCUCGUAGAUUUGGACGAUUCUGAAGAAAUUGUCAAGAAGAAACGCAAAAUCGAUUCAUGGUUUGGUUCGGAUAAAAUUCAAGAAAUACUUGCUCCACUGGAAGGGGAAGACGAGAAUAUUUCGACGGUCACUUCAACUAAAAAGUCUAAGUCUGAGUAUUCAUCAGAUACUGUGAUAAAGAAAAAGAAACAUGAAAAGAAAACGGUUAAUAAUGAAGCUAUUGGUUUACAAGAUAACUGUGUGUCACCAUCUUCAGAAGUUUCGAUACCUAAAGUUUCAUCUGAAAAACUUGAGAAAUCCUUACAUCGUAUACGACGUCUCAAUCGCCCAUUAACUGCGGAAGAGCGUGCUAUAGCCACUCGUCUUAUUCUGUCUGCAAAAUCUAGACGUGAACUACUUGAAUCAGGAUAUAAUCGUUAUCAAUUCUUUGAAAAGUCCUCUGAUUUGCCCGAUUGGUUUAUUGAAGAUGAAAAGAAACAUAUGAGGAAACCCAUAAUGGUUAAAAAAGAGGAAAUCCCGGUCGAUGUACCUACUAUGGGACGUUCUCUUUCAAAAGCGGAACAAGCCAAAGCACGUAAAAAAGCUCGUCUAGCCAAACGUUUAAAACGAAUUCGUCAGAAGGCAGAAGGUAUAUCUGAUGAAAUACCAGAAACUGAAAAGUGGCAACAAAUAAAACAACUUUAUAAGAAAGCCGGCCUGUUGAAAAAGAAGCGUCGCCCUCUUCAUGUAAUUGUAAAUACAAAAGCUGGUUCGCGUAGCGGGGGAACUAAACCUCAAAAAGGGGCUAAAGUCAAAAUUGUAGAUAAAAGAAUGAAAGCAGAUUUACGUGGACAGCAAAAAGCUAAAGAUGGAAAAAAGCAUGGAAAGCGUAAGAAUAAAGUUGGGCGUCCUGGAAGGCCAAAAAGUCGAGGAUUCGGGAAGAGACGAUAACUGUUCUGUUCCGUUUAUUGCGAUCUGUAUAUACUAAUCAUUUGAUUAUAUUGAUUUUUGUAGAAUAUGCUUAUUCUUCUUUCUUAUUUACUUUCUGAGUACAAUAUACAGUCAUUUAGUAUGCAGAUAACUUUCUUAACUAUUACAGUAUUUUCCAUGUAGGUAACUAAUUCAAAAAUGAAGAAUAUUUGAGCGAACAA